GUCUCCAACGGCAACGGCGGCGGAAGCGGAAAAGGCGGGACCUAGGGCUCACGUUACGUCAGCCCGUGCGAGCUCUGUGGCGUAGGUCUCCGGGAGUUGGAGGUGGCCGCUUCGUGCGCGUGUCGGCAGUUGAGAGACCACCCGGUUGGGCUGAAGAGUUGUGACCUCAUGGCGGAGAUAGUUCAGGAACGCAUAGAAGAUCGACUCCCCGAAUUGGGACAGCUGGAGCGUGUUGGAUUGGUCAAUAGUUUAGAGCUAAGGACUAUCAUUAGGAAGAUUUCCUAUCUGGAAUACAGAAUACAUAGAAGAGCUCUUCUUAAGGAUGACUUUAUCAAUUUUGUUCAAUUUGAAAUUAAUCUUUUGGAGUUGAUUGAGAAAAGAAGAGCUCGCAUUGGGUAUUCAUUUAAGAAGGAUGAGAUUGAGGCUCCUAUCAUACAACGUGUACAAUAUGUCUUCAGACGUGGGUCACUAAAGUGGAAAGAUGAUCUUAAACUUUGGCUAACCUAUAUAGCCUUUUGUAAGAAGUGGACCACCAAAGCUCAACUUAGCAAGGUAUUUUCUUCCAUGUUGGCCAUUCAUGCAAACAAGCCAGCUUUGUGGAUCAUGGCAGCCAAAUGGGAAAUGGAAGAUCGCUUAUCUUCAGAAAGUGCAAGACAACUAUUUCUUCGAGGUCUGCGCUUUCAUCCAGAGUGCUCGAAACUUUAUCAAGAAUACUUUAGGAUGGAGCUGAUGCAUACUGAGAAACUGAGGAAGGAAAAGGAAGAAUCUGAAAAAGCCGAAAUGGAUGUGGACAACCUUGAUUAUCCUGAAGAAAUCCUUAAGGGCGAGUUGGCACGGAUUAUCUACAAAAACUCUAUAAGCGUAAUGAAAGGUGUAGAAUUUCAUUUGUCACUGCUUUCAAUUGCACAGCUGUUCGACUUUGCCAAAGAUCUGCAAAGAGAAAUUUAUGAUGAGCUUCAGGCUCUGCACAGAGAUGACCCUCUCACUUGGGAUUAUGUGGCGCGGCGAGAAUUGGAGGUGGAGUUGCAGCCGGAAGGAGAGCAGCCUGCACGGAAGCAAGCCAGACCAGUGGAGGUGGGCCGGAAGGAAGACAGGUGCUGUGCUGUGUACGAGGAAGCAGUGAGGACUGUCCCCACAGAGGCCAUGUGGAAGUAUUAUAUCACUUUCUGCUUGGAAAGGUUCACUAAGAAGCCAAGCAGUCUGUGGCUCAGAGAGAAGAGGCUGGAAAGAACCAUGGUGGCAUUCAGGAAGGCACAUGAACUCCAGUUUCUACCAGAAUAUCAGUACAAGCAGUGGUUUGAGUUGCUGCUGCGUCACAGCUUCUUAGAGGAGGCUCUGGAGGUGGUGGGAGCCGGAAUGGAAUUGUUCAGAGACUCUGUCACAAUGUGGUACAUGAAGCUGCAGGUGCUGAUUGCUUCCAAGAGCUGCGAUGUAGCCAAGGCUUUCGAAGAAGCUUUUUCAUUCCUGGAACCCCAGGUUUGUCUGCCAUUGUGGAUUUCUUGGGCAGAGUGGAGUGAAGGUGCCCAAAGCGAAGAAGACACUGAAGCCAUUUUUAAGAAAGCUCUCUUAGCUGUCAAAGGUGCCGACUCAAUCACGUUGAAAGAGAAAUACCUGGACUGGGCUUACCGAAGCGGUGGCUACAGGAAGGCCAGAGCUGUGUUUAAAAGUUUACGGCAAAGCCGUCCACUUUCAGUUGAUUUUUUCAGGAAAAUAAUCCAGUUUGAAAAGGAGCAAGAAUCCGGCAAGAUGGUGAACUUACGAGACUAUUAUGAGAGGGCCUUGAGAGUGUUUGGAACUGUAGAUUCUGAUCUUUGGAUAGAUUACAUCAAAGAAGAACUGAGUCACCCCCAAGGUAAACCUGAGUAUUGCAGUCUCAUCUAUUGGCAAGCUGUGGGAAUGCUGCAGAAAGAGACACUAGAAGCGUUUAUAGCUAAAUAUGCUUUGUAUCAAGCCUGCUCUUGUUGACCAGAGGAAGAAUGUAGCCAACUCUGUGAAAUAGUGUUGUAAGGGGCUCACGUUUGUGGGUUCAAGCCCCGCGUCAGGCUCUUUGCUGACAGCUAGCUCAGAGCCUGGAGCCUUCUUCUGGUUC